AUGGCAGUGAACCGGAGCCACACCGAGAACCGUCGCUGGGCCCUCAUCCCCUUCGGCGAAAGUGUCUUGAAGCAGAGUCAGGAUGUGGACCUCUCCUUCCUACAGCAACCAGUGGGAUAUGAUCUCUUUAAUGGUACAAAAAGAGGAACAUUGUUUCUCACUUCAUACCGGGUGAUCUUCGUGACUUCACACUUAGUCAAUGACCCCAUGCUUUCUUUUAUGAUGCCAUUUGGUCUGAUGAGUAAUUGCACCAUUCAACAACCAAUCUUUGCCCCCAACUACAUUAAAGGAACCAUUCAGGCAGCUCCAGAUGGUGGCUGGGAAGGACAGGCUAUUUUUAAAUUAUCCUUCAGAAAAGGAGGUGCCAUUGAAUUUGCCCAGCUGCUGAUGAAAGCUGCCUCUGCUGCUGCCAGAGGAAUUCCACUUGGAAGUGUAAAUUACUGGUUCGGCACUUCAGGACCCUAUAUAAUUACUGCACCAGGGGGCAUGAUGUGCACCCAACAGACGCCUUGUCCAGCAUACCCAGUUGUGGUCUACAGACCCCCACCACCAGGAUAUGGAGCAUCACCUGCGGGAUAUGGAGCCCCACCUGCGGGAUAUGGAACCCCACCAGUGACAUAUGAAGCCCUCCCUGCAGGGUAUGGAGCCCCACCAGCUGGAAAUGAAGCCCCACCUCCAGCAUAUGAAGCUCCACCUGCUGGAAAUAGAGCUGCCUCUCACAAAUCUGUGGCAGCCCAGCCGGAGGCUUCUCUUCCAUCUACCUCAUCUUCUCAGGCUCAUUUACCAGCUUCUAAGAAGUAAACAUUGAAGACUCACCAAGCAAAGGGCACCCUAAAACUGAAGUCACAAUAACAAGGAUGACUCAGGUAUGUGGUUAAAGGCCUGUCUCAGAUAGCUGUCACACCCUUUGGAAAGGCAACCUUAGAGGGAAGAUGAAGCUUUACUUCCAUGCCUAGAUUUUAGAGGCAGAGUCAACUCUUGAUUAGAUGGGCUAAAGGAGAAGU